AUGAGAUAUUUGUCUGCAAAGUCACUGAUCCCUCUUGGCAAAUCCACUGGAUCUAAAAUUGUCUCCUAUUUGGUAACAGUAUUGGAGAAGAGAGAAUGUGCUGACCACACAUUCACGUCACUAGUCUCAGAAAAGCUAGAUAAAAGUAAGUUCUGUUUACGAUACUACAUAUUUCGUCAAGAAUUUUCAGAAGAAUAUCCAAAAAAUGUCACAGAAAAUCAACAGAGUUUUUCAUUUUUGCAUAAUGUAGCAAAUUCACGCAAUACUUGCACAAUAUUGCCAUUUCGGCUGGUAAAGCAACAAUGUUCAGACAAUUUGGUUCAGAGUAAGCCUUGUGAUCAGUUUUUUAAACUUGAUUGCAAUAAACUUUGCUUCGUAAUAGCGCUAACACAGGCUAUAGAAGCUAGGGACCAAAAAUUCUUGCUAGCAAACUUCUUCAGGAUUCUCAAAUAUCCUUACAAAAGCAGAAAACAAUUUCGGCUUUUUUACAUAUUUCAUUUCUACGUUCUUACUUCUGUUCUGAAUAAAGAGAAUUGA